UGCACUAGUGACGUCAUGAUUGCCUGUCACUGAAGAUUGCGAUUGAGGGCACGUACGACGUCUUCUAAGUUCUACUAAAUCGUACAUUUUCUAUGUUUUACUAUCUUAUUAUUUUACUCUACUGAUUAUAUGUGUCAAUGUUUGAAGCAUACUACUGUACUUUGUUCCUUUUUGUAUGAUGACAGUCUAGGCUACCAAGAAUCAAUAGGAUACCAGUUGUUAGACAUGGGGAGGUAAUAUGCAAGUUCUGUUUCCUUGGGAGCCACAGCAUCGUUGAAGACGUCUGUAACGCGAUGGCAGCCAGUAGUAUAAGGACUCAGUUCAAUCAUGCUCUCCAGAACAUGAUCCCAGGUCUCCAGACCAUGGACCCACCUCCAGACGUAGAGGCCGCAGACGGACACCCGAACGAGGAUGUCGUCAUCGACAUGCCAGACUCCGAAGGGAGGUUCCCCUCUUCUAGAGGUGGCCCAGAGGGUGGCAGGAGAGGAGGAGGAGGAGGAGGGGGAAGAGGAGGGGGUGCAUCCAUGGAGGAGGCAGAGGCAGAAGGAGACAGGGAUCAGAAUAGAGGGAGGGGAUCCCUGGCAGACACAAACCUGUCCAACUACCUGUCAGAGGGGAUCGCUGAGCUACUCCUCUUUGUUCUCAUCUUGGCAUGCAAGUUAGCUUAUGACCACAGAUUGGGCUUGACAGUAUUCCUUGGUCUAAUUGGAACAUUCGUUCAUCAUAGUAGCAGUGUUAAGAGAGAAAUUGAAUUGAAGGAGAAAAGGAGCGUGUUAUCUGUAGUGAUGCGGUUGGGAUUACUGUUCAUUAACAUCAUCUUCAUAUACUACGCCUUACAAGAACAACAGCUUUAUAAAUGUCUUAUGUUCCUGCCACCGAACAUCGCUGUGAUGACGUUAUGGGCGGUGUUAUGGUGUGUAGGGAUAACUGAUUUUGUUGUCAAGUAUUCAACACUAAUACUCAAGUGUCUGGUCACCUUACUUCCCGGAUCAGUCCUCAGCUUCAAGAAAAGGGGUAAAAUCUACCGUGCUCUGGAGGAGAUAUCUCAAAUGUAUCGACUUCUUCCGGCAUUUCCUAUGUGGGUCUCCUACUUCUCAGACUACAGGGAAUCACAUUGGGCCAUCGGCUACUUCUUAACAUUUGCUUACGUUAUACUUAAAGCCUUUACUGUGUACAGGAAACAGAAGGAUUUAAGAAAGUCUCUACAUGAUGUUUUUAUAGAUGUGCAAUAUGGAAUAUCGCCCUCACAGGACCAGAUUCGGAGAGUUGGUGAGGCUUGUCCGAUAUGCCAGGACGACUUUCAAGAUCCUAUCCAGCUGGCUUGCAAGCACAUUUUCUGUGAAAACUGUGUGGCCAUGUGGUUUGAUCGGGAACAGACCUGUCCAAUGUGCCGGGCUCAGAUCGCAGCCUCGCCUAUCUGGAAAGAUGGCUCCACUGCUAUGUCUAUACAACUCUAUUGAGAACCAAGUACAUGGGGAUUACAGACCCAAGACUAUUUUAGCGUUGUCAAUUUGAGGAGCCCUUUUUUUUCUUCGCACGAGCAGUGAUUCUUAAACGGUAUCAUCCAUUGAUGAAUUUGUAGGAAUCAGAGGAACAUGUUGAUCAAGCUUGGCUGAUGUGGACAAUUGGAGGAACAUUUAAAGAAUUACAUGUGUUGCUAAACUGAGCAACCUAGAAACAAGUCUGGCCAUGUGUGGUCAUUUUGAGGAAUGUUGUUUUUUAUUCAUUAGCCCUCUUGCAUCAAAGCCGGGUGACCGGUCUCCUGCUACUUUGUCAGGUCAUAGAAUUAGGCCGAAUCAGAACUCAUGCAGUCGCUUCUUAUUCGUGAUAAAAUGAUCAGAUGAACCACUGAGCUGUGGCCAAUUGAAGGAUUGUGUUUUGAGAGAUUGGUGGACGAGAAUAAUCUGGAGAUGCAGUUCCUGUGAACAAGAUGAAUGCUCUGGCAUUGCCAAUUUGAAGAACAUGAGGAGAAAGAAGAUUAGUAUGAAAGGCUUUUUCUGGAUUAUCUUGAGACUCUGAGCUCUUUUGGUGGUCAUUUUGAGGAACAUUGUCAUACCAGUGACCUAUAUGAAGGAUUCUAUAUGGGAAUAGUAGAGAAUCAAAUCAUUCCAUGUAACUUCCACCCUUAUGACUUGCUUUUGAACGUCAAGGUAGU